CAGAGUUUAUUCAACAUUACAUCUAGUGACAAUGGGUACAAUGUGGGGUGCUAUCAGUGUGAUAUUGAUUGGGCUACAUUUGAUGCUGGUGUCGGAUACAGUCAGCGCAGGGAAAACUAGUUCUAGUUCGAAAUGUGAAAAAUCUUUGACAACAGCAAGUGGAUCUAAGGCUCCCGCGGGACCGUUCUGCCCGGGAGAUCUCAUAUUCGAGGACACGUUUGACAGUUUUGAGCUGGACACUUGGCAGCAUGAAAACACUCUGGCUGGAAACACCAACUGGGACUUCCAAUGGUUCACGAACAACCGGUCAAAUUCCUUCGUGAAGGAGGGAAACCUGUUCAUUCGUCCAACGCUUUCGGUUGAUGAAUUUGGCGAAGCCUUUCUCCGCUCCGGAGUUCUGAACAUCCACGGUGGAGCACCUGCAGAUCAAUGCACUAAACAGAGCACCUUCGGUUGUGAGCGUGUUGGAUCACAUGUUCACAUCUUGAACCCGAUCAAGAGUGCCAGCCUACGAACAGUCGAUACGUUUGCCUUCAAGUACGGGAAGGUUGAAAUCAGUGCGAAGCUCCCAGCUGGAGAUUGGAUGUGGCCAGCGGUGACGUUCUUGCCGAAGUACAACCAGUACGGUGGCUGGCCUGCUUCCGGUGAAAUCGAUUUGCUUGAAUCGAAGGGAAACCGAGAUUUGAUCAAAAAUGGGAUCAACGUUGGAAUCGAGCAGGUCACUUCGAAGUUACAAUUCGGACCGAACGAAGGCUACAAUGCGGGAUCGACGGCGACGUUCACUAGGAAUGCUGAAUCCGGAAAAGGAUAUCAUACCGGCUUCAAUCGCUACCAGAUGGAGUGGACUCCCGAUCACGUAACGUUUAGCAUCAAUGACAUCGAAACGGGAACGGUCAAAGUUGGGACGGGAUUUUGGGCUCGUGGAAAUUUCAACAUCACUUCGCCGGGAAUGGACAAUCCGUGGCGGUAUGGAAGCAUUAUGGCACCGUUCGAUCAGGAGUUUUAUAUUAAGAUCUCACUGGCGAUUGGAGGCAACGAGUAUUUUUCCGAUGACGAUAUUAAUCCGACCAAGAAGCCGUGGAAGAAUGAUUCGCCCCAUCCGAUGACCGAUUUUUGGAAUGCUAGAAACGAUUGGUUGCCCACGUGGAAUUUGGACGAGAAUGACGCCAAAGAUGCGUCCGUACAGGUGGACUACGUGAGGGUGUGGGCACUGUAGAGUGAUUUACUGUUGCGAUGACGAGGGUGAUCAUCAAGAUAAUCUUAUAAUUAAGAUAUUAGCUAUUAGCGAUGAGGUCGGUGUGGUUUAUGGAUAUUUAGUCGGGACAUGUUCCUCCAUCUCAUAUCAUUAUAUAGAUGACCUAAUGUUAAUUCUCGAACAAUUGCAAUAUGAUUUCUGUUAUAGAUGAAA